AUCGUUUUCCAGCUAUUGCGGCUUCCUUUCCCCCGGUUGUGUGAGAUAGAUCCGAGUGCCGAGGAUGCCCACAGCGAUGACGGAUCCCUUGAAGAGCCUCAAGAUCAAACACGGCGUCCUCAAGCGCACCAAGAAGGACCUCCUAGUGUACCAAAAGGAGAUGGAGAAGGUCCGCAACACCGUCGCAAAGAUGAAGGUAGGUUGCCAAGCAAAACCAGCCCAUCUCGACUCAUGGCUCAUGAAUGGCUUCCCUGAUCUCUCUCUGUGUGUGGUGGGUGUCUGUAUGUUUUCAGGAGGACAACAAGGACCCCCACGACAUCAAGCAGCAGGAGGAGGUGCUCAAGGAGACGACCGACAUGGUCCCCGAGACGCAGAAGCGGCUCAAGGAGGCGUAUGCAGACGUGGAGCAGCUGCUGGCCCUCAACUUCAGUGACGAGAUGGGCAAGCUGCCCGAGGAGCCCAUCCCGGAGGAUGCUGAGCUGAGCGACCUGCAGAAGGAGCUGGCUGGCGUGCGGACCACCAUGAAGGACACACGGGAGGUGUUGCCCGAUGUGGCUGAGGUGGCCGGAGCAGCAGGCGAGGGCGAGAUUUAGAUUGUGUCUUAGUCGCUGCCUAGUUGUGUAGAUGCGUGUGUGUGAGAAAAGGGGUGAGCAGGUGGGUGUGUGGGUGGGCGGUGUGUACAGGGUGAUUGAGUGAGGAAUGUGAGUGGCUGGCUGCGUAGUGUCGAUAGAUGCAACCCCCGCCAGCCGAGACGAGAGACUCUAUCAAGAUGCAACUCUUGAUUAGGUUGACAUAUUGGUGAAAUUGUCCACGGUCAUGCCUGCGGCCACUGCUUCCUUCACUGAAGCUUCCUUCUUACCUAGUAUGCGCUCACACAAGAGGGGACGAUACUCAGCCAUUCGUAUGCUCUGUGUGUGUGUAAGGGUGCCAGGAAUGUGGGUGUUUUGGACGUGCGUGGGUUGCUUUGUUGGACAGUGUGUGUGUGUAGCCUGUCGGAGUUUUUGCUGCCACCCUCCAUCUCGUUGGCCUUUCAUUCGUCGCCUGGCACUCGCCUCGCUGUCUCCCUCCCUUGCUGGCUGCAUGUGUGUGUGCGGGAGUAUGUGAGCAUGUGAGUGUGUGUGUGUCCCAUCGCCUACCGAUCAUUUCUCCACUUCCUGCUUGCAUGCCUUGACGUGUGCUGCCGUGUCGACCGUGCCACUUCAUCUGCCUACAGCCGUGACGUUGGGUGCGUGCGUGUCCAGCCAGACGUACCGAGACUCCAUCUGCCAUAUGCCCCUCUCCUCGCUGCCCACCGGUCUCCUGGCCUGCCGUGUGUCGACUGUUCUUCCUCUCAUGGACAUCGACCACAGCGAUGGGCAGGAACCGCGCAGUGGGUUCCUGUUCCAUCCGUGUGGCUCGCGGUCUUGGGGCGAAGUACAGACGACACACGCAGGCCAAGCCAGUACUUCUGGCAUGUGCGCGUCGAUGAUGGUGCCUCAAGAGUGGCUUCCAUGUUGCCCCUCUUAAGACACCAAUCGACGCCAAUGUGACCUUCAUUCGACGCUGGGUUGGCCGAUUUAAGACUGC